AUGCCACUUGUCAAAAUUAAAAUUGUUGAAGCAACAAACUUGAUGAUUUCCGAUAUCUUGUCGAGUGAUCCGUACGUGGAAAUCAUCACACCCACCAAAAUAUUCACCACUCAAGUUAUAAAACGAACUUUAAAUCCAGUUUGGAAUGAAGAAUUUUACAUUUCCAUUUCUAAUCCAAAAAUGGAUUCGGUAACUUUCGUCGUGAAAGAUCAUGACCAUUUAUCAGAGGAUGAUCCUUUAGGAAAAGCUAAAAUUCUAAGCUUUGCAUCGUUUGUUUUGGGAGAGGAUAAGGAUUUGUGGUUGAAUCUUAUGGAAAGUAAGACAGAAGCCAAAUUGCAUUUAAUUGUUACUCCACAAGAUUUUGGAAAGAAUUUGGAACCGUAA